CCUUUCAGCUGGGAACCUAUAAAUGUCAAGGUAUUUUUCUUCCAGUUGAGAAGAACCCAGCAAAAUGGGGAUCUCCACGGUCAUCUUCCAAAUAUGUCUUUUACUGGGUCCAGUUCUAUCUGCAGAAAGAUCAGUGACAGAAUCAACCAUAGAAGCCACUUCUGAAGAGACACAGACAGCAGUUUCCCAAUCAGAUCUUCUCACAACACCUGGUCUGUGGAACCCCUUGACUACAGACUAUGGUUUGCCUCUGAGGCUGGUGAGCGGAGGUGACCGGUGUCAGGGCCGCGUGGAGGUCCUGUACCAAGGCUACUGGGGCACCGUGUGUGACGAUGACUGGGACACCCAGGAUGCAGAUGUUGUCUGUCGGCAGCUCGGCUGUGGCCUUGCGGUGUUGGCCCCGGGCGGGGCCUACUUUGGUCAGGGCUCGGGGAACAUUCUCUUGGGCUCUGUAUACUGCUCAGGAUGGGAGCCCUACCUGUCGAGCUGCUCCCACAGCGGGUGGUACAACCAUGAAUGUGGCCACAGGGAAGACGCUGGAGUUGUGUGCUCAGCUUCUUUGUCUCCCACGGAGGCAUCCCUGGCAACAGCUGCGGUAGAAGAUAGCACUACAGAGGAUACUGGGACUACUGGUGCAAUAGCUACUCACACCCAGUCCACAAGCCAGCCAGGCACCUGGCUCCCCACCUCCACACCUGUAACACCAAAUAUAGGGAGUGAGGCAGGUUUGGCCCUGAGGCUGGUGAAUGGAGGUGACCGGUGUCAGGGCCGCGUGGAGGUCCUGUACCGAGGCUCCUGGGGCACCGUGUGUGAUGAUGAUUGGGACACCAAUGACGCCAACGUGGUGUGCAGGCAGCUGGGCUGUGGCUGGGCCGUGUCGGCCCCGGGAAGUGCCCGCUUUGGUCAGGGCUCAGGGCCCAUUGUCCUGGACAACAUGCGCUGCUCUGGGCAUGAGUCCGACCUGUGGCGCUGCCCCCACAACGGCUGGAACUCGCACAACUGUGGCCAUAGUGAGGACGCCAGUGUCAUCUGCUCAGCUGCCCAGUCUCAGCCGACGAUCACACCAGAUUGGUGGUAUACAAGUCCUUCGUACGGGAACGAGACAGGUUUGUCCCUGAGGCUGGUGAAUGGAAGUGACCAGUGUCAGGGCCGCGUGGAGGUCCUGUACCGAGGCUCCUGGGGCACCGUGUGUGACGACAGCUGGGACACCAAUGACGCCGACGUGGUGUGCAGGCAGCUGGGCUGUGGCCGGGCCGUGUCGGCCCCGGGAAGUGCCCGCUUUGGUGAGGGCUCAGGGCCCAUUGUCCUGGACGACGUGCGCUGCUCCGGGCAAGAGUCCUACCUGUGGCGCUGCCCCCACAACGGCUGGAACUCGCACAACUGUCGCCAUGGGGAGGACGCCAGUGUCAUCUGCUCAGGGAACGAGGCAGGUUUGUCCCUGAGGCUGGUGAAUGGAGGUGACCGGUGUCAGGGCCGCGUGGAAGUCCUGUACCAAGGCUCCUGGGGCACCGUGUGUGACGACGACUGGGACAUCAAUGACGCCAACGUGGUGUGCAGGCAGCUGGGCUGUGGCUGGGCCGUGUCGGCCCCGGGAAGUGCCCGCUUUGGUCAGGGCUCAGGGCCCAUUGUCCUGGACAACGUGCGCUGCUCCGGGCAAGAGUCCUACCUGUGGCGCUGCCCCCACAACGGCUGGAACUCGCACAACUGUGCCCAUGGUGAGGACGCCAGUGUCAUCUGUUCAGCUGCCCAGUCCCAGCCCACGACCACACCAGAUUGGUGGUAUACAAGUCCUUCGUACGGGAACGAGACAGGUUUGUCCCUGAGGCUGGUGAAUGGAAGUGACCAGUGUCAGGGCCGCGUGGAGGUCCUGUACCGAGGCUCCUGGGGCACCGUGUGUGACGACAGCUGGGACACCAAUGACGCCGACGUGGUGUGCAGGCAGCUGGGCUGUGGCCGGGCCGUGUCGGCCCCGGGAAGUGCCCGCUUUGGUGAGGGCUCAGGGCCCAUUGUCCUGGACGACGUGCGCUGCUCCGGGCAAGAGUCCUACCUGUGGCGCUGCCCCCACAACGGCUGGAACUCGCACAACUGUCGCCAUGGGGAGGACGCCAGUGUCAUCUGCUCAGGGAACGAGGCAGGUUUGUCCCUGAGGCUGGUGAAUGGAGGUGACCGGUGUCAGGGCCGCGUGGAAGUCCUGUACCAAGGCUCCUGGGGCACCGUGUGUGACGACGACUGGGACAUCAAUGACGCCAACGUGGUGUGCAGGCAGCUGGGCUGUGGCUGGGCCGUGUCGGCCCCGGGAAGUGCCCGCUUUGGUCAGGGCUCGGGGCCCAUUGUCCUGGACAACGUGCGCUGCUCCGGGCAAGAGUCCUACCUGUGGCGCUGCCCCCACAACGGCUGGAACUCGCACAACUGUGCCCAUGGUGAGGACGCCAGUGUCAUCUGUUCAGCUGCCCAGUCCCAGCCCACGACCACACCAGAUUGGUGGUAUACAAGUCCUUCGUACGGGAACGAGACAGGUUUGUCCCUGAGGCUGGUGAAUGGAAGUGACCAGUGUCAGGGCCGCGUGGAGGUCCUGUACCGAGGCUCCUGGGGCACCGUGUGUGACGACAGCUGGGACACCAAUGACGCCGACGUGGUGUGCAGGCAGCUGGGCUGUGGCCGGGCCGUGUCGGCCCCGGGAAGUGCCCGCUUUGGUGAGGGCUCAGGGCCCAUUGUCCUGGACGACGUGCGCUGCUCCGGGCAAGAGUCCUACCUGUGGCGCUGCCCCCACAACGGCUGGAACUCGCACAACUGUCGCCAUGGGGAGGACGCCAGUGUCAUCUGCUCAGGGAACGAGGCAGGUUUGUCCCUGAGGCUGGUGAAUGGAGGUGACCGGUGUCAGGGCCGCGUGGAAGUCCUGUACCAAGGCUCCUGGGGCACCGUGUGUGACGACGACUGGGACAUCAAUGACGCCAACGUGGUGUGCAGGCAGCUGGGCUGUGGCUGGGCCGUGUCGGCCCCGGGAAGUGCCCGCUUUGGUCAGGGCUCAGGGCCCAUUGUCCUGGACAACGUGCGCUGCUCCGGGCAAGAGUCCUACCUGUGGCGCUGCCCCCACAACGGCUGGAACUCGCACAACUGUGCCCAUGGUGAGGACGCCAGUGUCAUCUGUUCAGCUGCCCAGUCCCAGCCCACGACCACACCAGAUUGGUGGUAUACAAGUCCUUCGUACGGGAACGAGACAGGUUUGUCCCUGAGGCUGGUGAAUGGAAGUGACCAGUGUCAGGGCCGCGUGGAGGUCCUGUACCGAGGCUCCUGGGGCACCGUGUGUGACGACAGCUGGGACACCAAUGACGCCGACGUGGUGUGCAGGCAGCUGGGCUGUGGCCGGGCCGUGUCGGCCCCGGGAAGUGCCCGCUUUGGUGAGGGCUCAGGGCCCAUUGUCCUGGACGACGUGCGCUGCUCCGGGCAAGAGUCCUACCUGUGGCGCUGCCCCCACAACGGCUGGAACUCGCACAACUGUCGCCAUGGGGAGGACGCCAGUGUCAUCUGCUCAGGGAACGAGGCAGGUUUGUCCCUGAGGCUGGUGAAUGGAGGUGACCGGUGUCAGGGCCGCGUGGAAGUCCUGUACCAAGGCUCCUGGGGCACCGUGUGUGACGACGACUGGGACAUCAAUGACGCCAACGUGGUGUGCAGGCAGCUGGGCUGUGGCUGGGCCGUGUCGGCCCCGGGAAGUGCCCGCUUUGGUCAGGGCUCGGGGCCCAUUGUCCUGGACAACGUGCGCUGCUCCGGGCAAGAGUCCUACCUGUGGCGCUGCCCCCACAACGGCUGGAACUCGCACAACUGUGCCCAUGGUGAGGACGCCAGUGUCAUCUGUUCAGCUGCCCAGUCCCAGCCCACGACCACACCAGAUUGGUGGUAUACAAGUCCUUCGUACGGGAACGAGACAGGUUUGUCCCUGAGGCUGGUGAAUGGAAGUGACCAGUGUCAGGGCCGCGUGGAGGUCCUGUACCGAGGCUCCUGGGGCACCGUGUGUGACGACAGCUGGGACACCAAUGACGCCGACGUGGUGUGCAGGCAGCUGGGCUGUGGCCGGGCCGUGUCGGCCCCGGGAAGUGCCCGCUUUGGUGAGGGCUCAGGGCCCAUUGUCCUGGACGACGUGCGCUGCUCCGGGCAAGAGUCCUACCUGUGGCGCUGCCCCCACAACGGCUGGAACUCGCACAACUGUCGCCAUGGGGAGGACGCCAGUGUCAUCUGCUCAGGGAACGAGGCAGGUUUGUCCCUGAGGCUGGUGAAUGGAGGUGACCGGUGUCAGGGCCGCGUGGAAGUCCUGUACCAAGGCUCCUGGGGCACCGUGUGUGACGACGACUGGGACAUCAAUGACGCCAACGUGGUGUGCAGGCAGCUGGGCUGUGGCUGGGCCGUGUCGGCCCCGGGAAGUGCCCGCUUUGGUCAGGGCUCGGGGCCCAUUGUCCUGGACAACGUGCGCUGCUCCGGGCAAGAGUCCUACCUGUGGCGCUGCCCCCACAACGGCUGGAACUCGCACAACUGUGCCCAUGGUGAGGACGCCAGUGUCAUCUGUUCAGCUGCCCAGUCCCAGCCCACGACCACACCAGAUUGGUGGUAUACAAGUCCUUCGUACGGGAACGAGACAGGUUUGUCCCUGAGGCUGGUGAAUGGAAGUGACCAGUGUCAGGGCCGCGUGGAGGUCCUGUACCGAGGCUCCUGGGGCACCGUGUGUGACGACAGCUGGGACACCAAUGACGCCGACGUGGUGUGCAGGCAGCUGGGCUGUGGCCGGGCCGUGUCGGCCCCGGGAAGUGCCCGCUUUGGUGAGGGCUCAGGGCCCAUUGUCCUGGACGACGUGCGCUGCUCCGGGCAAGAGUCCUACCUGUGGCGCUGCCCCCACAACGGCUGGAACUCGCACAACUGUCGCCAUGGGGAGGACGCCAGUGUCAUCUGCUCAGGGAACGAGGCAGGUUUGUCCCUGAGGCUGGUGAAUGGAGGUGACCGGUGUCAGGGCCGCGUGGAAGUCCUGUACCAAGGCUCCUGGGGCACCGUGUGUGACGACGACUGGGACAUCAAUGACGCCAACGUGGUGUGCAGGCAGCUGGGCUGUGGCUGGGCCGUGUCGGCCCCGGGAAGUGCCCGCUUUGGUCAGGGCUCAGGGCCCAUUGUCCUGGACAACGUGCGCUGCUCCGGGCAAGAGUCCUACCUGUGGCGCUGCCCCCACAACGGCUGGAACUCACACAACUGUGCCCAUGGUGAGGACGCCAGUGUCAUCUGUUCAGCUGCCCAGUCCCAGCCCACGACCACACCAGAUUGGUGGUAUACAAGUCCUUCGUACGGGAACGAGACAGGUUUGUCCCUGAGGCUGGUGAAUGGAAGUGACCAGUGUCAGGGCCGCGUGGAGGUCCUGUACCGAGGCUCCUGGGGCACCGUGUGUGACGACAGCUGGGACACCAAUGACGCCGACGUGGUGUGCAGGCAGCUGGGCUGUGGCCGGGCCGUGUCGGCCCCGGGAAGCGCCCGCUUUGGUGAGGGCUCAGGGCCCAUUGUCCUGGACGACGUGCGCUGCUCCGGGCAAGAGUCCUACCUGUGGCGCUGCCCCCACAACGGCUGGAACUCGCACAACUGUCGCCAUGGGGAGGACGCCAGUGUCAUCUGCUCAGGGAACGAGGCAGGUUUGUCCCUGAGGCUGGUGAAUGGAGGUGACCGGUGUCAGGGCCGCGUGGAAGUCCUGUACCAAGGCUCCUGGGGCACCGUGUGUGACGACGACUGGGACAUCAAUGACGCCAACGUGGUGUGCAGGCAGCUGGGCUGUGGCUGGGCCGUGUCGGCCCCGGGAAGUGCCCGCUUUGGUCAGGGCUCGGGGCCCAUUGUCCUGGACAACGUGCGCUGCUCCGGGCAAGAGUCCUACCUGUGGCGCUGCCCCCACAACGGCUGGAACUCGCACAACUGUGGCCACGGGGAGGAUGCCGGUGUCAUCUGCUCAGCCUCCCAGAGCACCUCUACUACCCCAGAUUGGUGGUACCCACGUACUACAACCACUGGGAGACCCUCUUCAAAUUGUGGUGGCUUCUUAUUCAAUGCCAGCGGGACAUUUUUCAGCCCAUCUUACCCUGGAUACUACCCCAACAAUGCUGAGUGUGUCUGGGAAAUAGAAGUGAACCCCGGCUAUCGCAUAAAUCUGGGAUUCAACAGUCUGCAGCUGGAGGUGAACAACAAUUGCAGUUUCGAUUAUGUCGAAAUCUCUGAUGGACCCCUGAACAGCAGUAACUUGCUGGGGAAAAUUUGUAAUGGCACCAGGCAAAUAUUCACCUCUUCUUACAACCGAAUGACCGUUCGAUUUCGAAGUGACAUCAGUAUCCAAAGCACCGGCUUUUCUGCUUGGUAUAACUCCUUUCCUCAAGAUGCCAGCCUGAGAUUGGUCAGUUCAAAUUCCUCCUAUGGUGCCUGUGCCGGGCGUGUGGAAAUUUACCACAAUGGCAUAUGGGGGACGGUUUGUGAUGACUCCUGGGACAUUCAGGAUGCCCAAGUGGUCUGCAGACAGCUGCGGUGUGGAUAUGCAGUGUCAGCCCUGGGAAAUGCCCAUUUUGGGCCCGGCUCUGGUCCCAUCACCCUGGACGAUGUGGUGUGCUCCGGGACAGAAUCUACUCUCUGGCAGUGCCGGAACCGAGGCUGGUUCUCCCAUGACUGUGCCCACCGGGAAGACGCCGGAGUCAUUUGCUCAGGAAGCUACCCAACAACACAGGCUCCUGUUUACAACGUCACCUACCCGAACACAAAUUACUCCUGUGGAGGCUUCCUGUCCCAACCAUCAGGGCACUUUUCCAGCCCGUUCUAUCCUGGGAACUAUCCAAACAAUGCCAAAUGCCUGUGGGACAUCGAGGUCCGAAACAACUACCGUGUGACUGUUGUCUUCAGAGAUGUCCAGCUUGAAGGAGGCUGUAACUACGACUAUAUCGAAGUGUUUGACGGCCCCUCCCACAGCUCCCCUCUGAUUGCCCGCGUUUGUGAUGGAGCCAGGGGCUCCUUCACUUCAUCAUCGAACUUCAUGUCCAUUCGCUUCGUCAGCGAUGGCAGCAUCACAAAGAGGGGCUUCCAGGUCAACUACUAUUCCCGUCCUUCCAAUGACAGCACCCAGCUGCUUUGUCUGCCAAAUCACAUGCAAGCCAGCGUGAGCAGGAGCUACCUCCAAUCCUUGGGCUACUCUGCCCGGGACCUUUUCAUUCCCAGCUGGAAUGAAAGCUACCGGUGUCAGCCCCAGAUAACGGCCAGCCAGGUGACAUUCACAAUUCCAUACUCAGGCUGUGGCACCAUCAAGCAGGCCAAUAAUGAUACCAUCAUCUAUUCCAACUUCCUCGAAGCAGCUGCUUCAAAUGCCAUCAUCAAGAGGCAUAAGGACUUCCGCAUUCAUAUCAGCUGCAGGAUGCUCCAGAACACCUGGAUUGACACCAUGUACAUUGCUAAUGACACCGUCGACAUCAAGGAAGUGCAGUAUAGCAGUUUCAACGUGAACCUUUCCUUUUAUACAUCAUCUUCAUUUUUGUAUCCUGUGACCAGCAGUCCGUACUAUGUGGACCUGAACCAGAACUUGUACCUUCAAGCGGAGAUCCUCCAUUCUGAUGCCUCCUUGGCCUUGUUUGUGGAUACCUGUGUGGCGUCCCCAUAUUUCAAUGACUUUACAUCUUUGACUUACGAUCUUAUCCGGAGUGGGUGUGCCAAGGACAGAACCUACCAAUCUUACUCUCCGCCCUCGCCUCGCAUUGCCCGCUUCAAAUUCAGUUCCUUCUACUUCCUGAAGCGCUUCCCCUCCGUGUACCUGCGGUGUAAAAUGGUGGUGUGCCGGGCGGACGACUACUUCUCCCGCUGCCGCAGAGGCUGCAUCGUGAGGUCCAAGAGGGACGUGGGCUCCUACCAGGAGAAGGUGGACGUCGUCCUGGGACCCAUUCAGCUGCAGGCCCCGUAGGCUGUGAAGAGGAGCCUGGCCAGGUGGCCGCCCUCCCGCCCCUAGGCCUGUGGCCCGCGGGGACCCGGGAUGAUUCUGUCGGUGUCGUGGUCCACCUCAAAUCGGGCACCCACCGUGUGCCAGGCCUGCCGUGCCACACCGGGUGAUGCGGAGUUCGCUAGAUCUGCUUCCCGCCUUCUUCCAUGGGCUCCCGGUCUACGGGGGACCAUGUGUAGUGCUUGGGCAAGAGAGUUCUUCCCCGUGACACCGAUACCUUUGUCCUCUGGGAUCUGAACUCCCAGAACCUCAUACUCCUCAUCUGUAACACAAAAAUGUUAAUACUUCCCUAUUAGGACUGUUGAGGAGCUACAAUAAAAUAAUGUUAAACUGC